CCGCAAAGGCGUGGCCAUCGGAGCCGCUGAAUACACCUGACACAUGCCUGGAGCACGUUUGAAAUCCUGGCUAAGGAAAGGUGGCGGAGAGCUUUGUAGCCGUAGGGGACCGCAGGGCUCUGCAGCACCGCCCGGGCUGGCGUUUCGCUGCUCUCGAAGGAGCGUUCGGGGACCACAGAGCAGGACUAAGGGACUCCGGCUGCGCUGCGGUCUCUGCCGCGGGAGUCCUGGCACUCGGGUGGUUCGCAUUUUGCUUCUUAACCUGCUUUCAUAGACCUCCCGCCGCUCCGGUUUUGCGUUUCUCACUCGUGUCGGCUCCCCUUCCCCUCCUUCCGAGCAUCUCUGUGCUGGCGUGGUCACAUGUUUAGGCUUUGGUGCCUUUAAUCCCACCCUCGCCGCCCGAGAGGGAGGAGAAAAAUUCGCGGGAGAGAAGUGAGCAACAAGCAGAGUGGCAAGAUCAAACAGAAAAGCGGAGCUGUACGUUCACCCCCACGCCUCUCGCCCCGCCGGCGGGGUCGGGGAGCCCGCGGUGCUGGCAGCGGGGAGAAGGGGAGCGGAGGUGCGGGACCUGCGGGGCUGUCCCGCCGGCGGCAGGACGCCUCCUGGUGCCGAGCAGGAAAGGGCUUGGACAAAUUGUGCAGGUUUGGCAGCUGCUGCCCCGAUGGUACCUUGUAAUCCAGGGAGGACGCAUCAGAAGUGAAGGAAUGAGGGCAUUACUUGCUCUGUAAGCAAGGGUGCCUUGCUUCUGCAGCAGCCAUGUUACACCAAGCCUGGCAGCUCUUUGGGAGGUGGUGCCGUUGGUCCAGUCCUUUUUUCCAUCUGCUUGCACUGACUGUGGUGACAUUCGGUGUGCUCGCACCUUUGAUUUGCCACCGGCUCCUCCAUUCUUACUUUUAUUUGCAGCGCUGGCACCUGAACCCCAUGAGUCAGGAGUUCCUGGAGCAGAACCAGCAGGAGGGCCAGGCUGCCCUCCAUUACUUUGAGAAGCUGCAGAUAGCAAACACCUCUGAGACUUCUGGCGGUGACGCCUUCCAUCCCUUGCUGCUGGUCACCAUUAUCACUGUGCAGAGGCGGAGUGAUUUCCACUACGUCUUGCAAGUGGCCUCCCACUUCCACCGCCUCCUCCAGAAGUGUGGUGCACGCUGCCAUAGCCACCGCAUCCUCCUCUGUAAUGUGGAGUCAGACCCCAGUAGCCAUCAGGAUGUCAGUCUGCUUAGCAGCUUCUUUCCUAUGGUCAGUCGUGACAAAACUGGUGAGAACCCUGACCCCAGUGUGAACCAGUUUGAGAAAGAGAAGCAGGACUAUGUCUUCUGUCUAGAACAGUCGCUGUUGGCAUACAACCCAGAAUACAUCCUCAUAGUGGAAGAUGAUGCUGUGCCAGAGGAGGAGAUAUUCGCUGUCUUGCAGCACCUCUUGUUGGCCCGGUUCUCUAAACCAUACCUCAGAGAUGCACUCUACUUUAAGCUUUACCAUCCCGAGAGGCUUCAGCACUACUUCAACCCGGAACCCAUGAGAAUCCUUGAGUGGCUAGGUCUCGGCAUGUUUCUGGGGCCUGUUCUGAACUGUGUGUACUCCUGGGCAAUUGGGCGCCCCAGCCUCAGUUGGCCCAUGGUCUUGUUCUUUGCUUUGUACAGUAUGGCUUUGUCAGAGCUGGUGGGACGGCAUUACAUGCUGGAGCUGCGCCGGCUGGCCCCCACUCUCUAUAAUAUCAUGCCAGUCACUGAGUGCUGCACGCCUGCCAUGCUCUUCCCUGCUCCGUCUGCCCGCCGUGCCUUAGCUUACCUGAAGGGGCUGCACUGCCGACAGGGCUUUGCUAAGGAUAUUGCCCUCUAUUCGCUGCUUCGUACUAAGGGGGAGAACGCCUACGUGGUGGAACCCAACCUGGUCCGGCACGUGGGAAUGUAUUCCAGCCUUCGCCUAAAUGACAACCCGAAACUGCUGUGAUCUGUUCAUGCCUUUCGAGACAGAAGGCACAGAUAAGUUGACGCUGGGCAGAGGGGCAGUGUGCAAAUUCAGAUGUUGUGCUGCUUGCACUGGGCAUCCUGUCCCUCUGGGUGGACAAAGAAUAACUUUCCUUAAAAAAAAAAAAAAAAAAAAGGGUUUCUUAAAGAAUAAACUUAUGUACGUGCAGACCCCA